AGCCACAGGGUCAGAAGCUAACCCGGUCACAGCGGCCCCAGCAAGGACUCCUUGUUGACUUCAGUCCAGGUCCUGAGCAGCAUUGACCUCCCUGGGCUGUGUCCAGAAUGGCCUGCGCCGACAGCUCCGAGCAAUCAGUCCCCCAGCAGUCCCUGUCCGUGUCCGAGGGAGCUGCCACCACCCGUGCCAAGGAUCCUGCUGGGUGGCAUCUCGGCUCAGCGGGGGGUGAGCUGGAGUGUCUGGUGUGCCGGGAGUCUUACAGCUGCGCCCGGCCGCCCAAGUUGCUGGGCUGCCAGCACGUCUUCUGUGCCGUCUGCCUGAAGCUCCUGCUGUGCGUGCAGGACGACACCUGGUCCCUCACCUGCCCGCUGUGCCGCAAAGUCACCUCCAUCCCUGGGGGCCUCAUCUGUAGCCUGCGUGACCCGGAGGGGAUGCGGGGCCAGCUGGCCCACCGUUGCCUCGAGGUGCAGCUCUGCCCGCAGGGCCUGGCAGAUCCUGCCACCUCAGCAGCAGGGCACCCCAACUUGGAGGGAGAGGAUGGGCAAGAUGCCAUGAGCGCCAACCGCACAGCGGCCCGGCGCCUGGCUGCGCACCUGCUCUUCCUCGUCCUGCUGAUCAUCCUCAUCCUCCCCUUCGUCUACCCAGGUGUCAUCAGGUGGGUGCUGGCCAGCAUCAUUGGCCUGGCCCUAGUGAUGUCCAUCCUUUUCUGCUGUCACUCGGUCGGCCAGGGUCGCUGCUGGCCCUCCUCCCGGACUCUCUUCUGCAGGGUGAGGAAACACAGCCAGAUCUCAUCAGUUGCCUGAGUGCACCGUAGCUGGGCAUCCGCUACAACUCCUUCAGCCUCUUGGGCCCCUGUCCCUGUCCCAAUGGCCAGGGCAAGGGGCUAGGAGCUGAGGCUGGCUCCCUCGGGAGAUUCAAUGCCAGCUGGACUUGCAAGCCAAAGCCAGGUGGCAGUCUUGGGUCAAGAACGCUAUGGCUGGAAGACAGGACUGUGUCUGCCCUUGGCCUAGAACCGCUCCGCUGUUGGGGGGUAGGCUGGAGGCACAAACAACUUGACUGUUGCAAGGGGCCCCCUGUUCUCUUAUUCCGUCUGCCUGGCUUUCUCCCAGGAACUCGAGCCAAGGAUUGGAAUGUGGACCUUGCUGCAGAACAAACAGGACCAGGACUCUUCUUCUUCCUCCUGGCCCCAUUUCAUUUUGCUGGUACCAAUGUCUUGAGUUGGGGUUCUCGCAUUUGGGGCAGUUGGUUCACAUGUUGGGCUGGUGCCCAUUUUUCUCCCUGGGAAGUUGGAGCCCAUAUUUCCUCAUCCUGGGUGUCCCCAAGGCUACCCACUUUGUGUCCAUCCCAGUGCUACCAAGAGUCCCCACUGCGUGGGGGUUCCCUGGAGUCAGGCUAGGGUUUGAAGAGGAGAGUGUGUGCUGAGGAGUGGGACUCAGAACCGGGGAGAGGUGGAAGGGAAGCAAGUGGGUCUGGGAAUUGUUCCCCACGUCCCACCAGGAGGUGCCAUGGGGCCUAGCCUUAGCAGGGAUCGCAGGAUCACAAGGACAGGCUCCGCAGCAACCACCGUGCUGCCCGACUGACUCCGGCCCGUGCUGAAGAACCAGCUCUGGAAAGGUGUUGCUCUCCUUUCUUUGUGCGUCCCGAUUCCUAUUUGCACAUUUGUCAUAAAGAUAAGAGGCCCCAUAAAUGCAACAGUUCUCACCAAGAACCCACAUUUCCCACCACACCCUAAUAGUCAGGGGCGUCUGAAAGCCUUUUGUAUCUGCUUCUGGUCACGCAAGCAUCCGUCCUGCUUGCUGCUGGGUGCCCAGGUUGAGCCUC